AUGAACGAUAUAAUAUCAAAAAUCAAUCCUUUUAGCAGCAUUCCAAAACACCAAAUUGCACAACAAAUUGUAAAUUUUGGAUUGAUUGUAGCAACAGCUUUAAUGAUAUGGAAAGGUUUAAUGAUUUUCAGUGGAAGUGAAAGUCCAAUUGUUGUAGUUUUAAGUGGAAGUAUGAUUCCAGCAUUUUUUAGAGGCGAUCUUUUAUAUUUAAAUAUGGAAGAUGGACCAUUUAGAGUUGGUGAAAUUGUUGUAUUUAAAAUUGAAGGUAAAGAGAUACCAAUCGUUCAUAGAAUAUUACAAAUACAUGAAAAAGAAGAUGGUUUAUAUGAUAUUAGAACUAAAGGUGAUAAUAACAAUGUUGAUGAUGUUGGUUUAUAUUCACCAGGUCAAAGAUGGUUAAGCAGAGAUCAUAUCAUUGGUAGAGCUAAAGGUUUCCUUCCAUCAGUUGGUAUGGUAACAAUUGUAAUGCACGACUAUCCACAAUUAAAAUUCUUUUUGGUUUUCGUUUUAGCUGUAUUUGUAUUAUCAACGAGAGAAUAA